AUGACUAUUGAACCAGCCGAGUAUUACGACCAAGCUAAUGGUGGUGCGAUUCCAGUGUUUCGGCCCACCAUGGAAGAGUUCAGUGAUUUCAAAGAGUUUAUGGAGUCGAUCGAUUCGUUUGGUCGUCGAUCGGGUAUUGUCAAGGUGAUUCCACCUCGAGAAUGGACGGAGCAAUUACCUGACAUAAGCCGAUCACUGGAACAUGUACGAGUACGAAACCCAAUUAUGCAACACAUCAUGGGGGGCCAAGGCAUCUAUACACAAACCAAUGUGGAGAAACGUCGACCUUAUACAGUAGCUCAAUGGUAUGCGCUAUGUCAACAAGAUAAUCAUCGACCACCUGAAAUUGGCACGGAUCGCACCUCGGUGACACCAACGGCACGGAAACGACACAAAGUGCAACCAUCAAAGCCAUUUGCUACACCGCUAUCCCCAUCAGCCAAUACACGUUCCAAGAAUCCUCCUCCUGUCAACAAGCGUCAACAAGCUGCCGAGGAAUUAGCACUCGCCCAAUCUGAUAAGCCUAUUCCGCUUCCAUGCGAUAUGCAUUGCCCUGAUCCAGAAAAAUACACCGUGGACUAUUGCAAGGAUCUUGAGCGUAACUAUUGGCGUAAUUUGACAUUUUCUCAACCCAUGUAUGGUGCUGAUAUGGAAGGAACAUUGUUUGAUGACUCGGUGCGGGCAUGGAAUGUCAACAGCUUGGAUAAUACAUUGAAUCGAUUGGGUGUAUCGGUGCCCGGUGUCAACGUUCCUUAUCUCUAUUUUGGCAUGUGGAAAGCGACCUUUGCAUGGCAUGUCGAGGAUAUGGAUUUGUAUUCAAUCAACUAUUUACAUUUUGGUGCUCCCAAGCAAUGGUAUGCUAUUCCUACAACCCACACCAAAAAGUUUGAAGGUCUUAUGCAAAAUUUAUUCGCCCAAGAGCAUAAGCAAUGUCCCGAGUUUCUUCGACACAAAACAUUCAUCGUCUCACCCAAAGUGCUUGCCAACAACUCAAUACCCUUCCAUCGAUGUGUGCAACAUGAGGGGGAAUUUAUGAUCACUUUUCCUUAUGGCUAUCAUGCGGGAUACAAUCUUGGACUCAAUUGUGCUGAAAGCGUCAAUUUUGCAUUGGAUUCAUGGAUCGAAAUUGGUCGUCAUGCCAAAGCAUGCACGUGCGUAUCGGAUAGCGUCAUGAUUGACGUGGAUGCAUUACAACAUGUGAUCGAAGAAAACCAGCAUGAAGAAGAGGAAAAGGAGACCAAGAAGCGUAAAGAUACAGCAUCAUCAUCAUCAUCAUCAUCAUCAUCCAAUACGACUCAAAGCAAACGACGUCGAAAAUCUGCAUCAACACCAACACCACCCAAAAAACCAACCCCACGAGCAAAAACAACCCAUCAGCGACAAAAAGAGGGUCAUCCAAAGUGUAUGCUUUGUUCGAUGGAUGUCAAAGAACACAACGAUCAAGCCGUCCAUUACAAGAGCCAACGGAUACAUCGAUUAUGUGCUGAAGCAGUACCAGAAACGACAGUUGAUGAAGAGGAUAGGAUUCAGGGCAUUGAGGAAAUACCAAAGGCACGGUGGAAAUUGGCAAGUAUCUACUUAAUCAUGGUUGUCCCAUAA